ACAAGGCAGGAUGGAUCCAUGCUUUCAUGUUGUUGAGGCCAAAUUGUGAGCCGAGCAUCCGAAUGUGUCAGCAGAAAUGGAGACUCAUCAGACCAGGCAACGUUUCUCCAAUCUUCUAUUGUCCAGUUUUGGUGAGCCUGUGUGAAUUGUAGCCUCAGUUUCCUGUUCUUAGCUGACAGGAGCGGCACCCGGUGUGGUCUUCUGCUGCUGUAGCCCAUCCGCCUCAAGGUUGGACGUGUUGUGUGUUCAGAGAUGCUCUUCUGCAGACCUCUGCAGUGCAAGAAGGUCUAUGGUUCGAGUCCCGGCUGGGUCAGUUGGUGCUUCUGUGUGGAGUUUGCAUGUUCUCCCUGUGUUGGUGUGGGUUUCCUCCAGGUGCUCCGGUUUCCUCCACAGCCCAAAAUAGGGAAAUUGAUCAACUAAAUUGGCCGUAGUGUAUGAGUGUGAAUGAGUGUGUAUGGGGGUUUCCCAGUUCUGGGUUGCGGCUGGAAGAGCAUCUGCUGCAUAAAACAUGUGCCGAAAUAGUUGUUGGUUCAUUCCGCUGUGGUGACCUUUGGUUAAUAAGUGAGGGAAAAUAAUAAAUGAACUGAACAAUGGGUUAACUCGCGUUUCUAAGUGAAGUAGCUAAUGUUUUUGUACAGUGUGAGGUGAAAACACCCCGGUAUGAAUUAUUGAUCUCAGCUUCCGUUCACCAUCUGGCUGUGUCAUUAUUACAGGGAUCACACACUGUCGAGGGAAGGAAGACAGAGAGUUAAAUAGGAAAAUGAAUAAUAGAUAGAGUCCACAGAGAUGACAUACAGAGAAGGAAACCUAGACUGAGAGAAACCGAGGGCAAAUAUCGAGCCUAGCUAUCAGAAAGAAAAGAAGAGUGCAGUAGUUUAUCAGGUUAAGAUGAGCGCAGGUGAUCUUCAGGACGGCGUAGGGCACUAAGAAGUGUGCGAGAAUGACGAGUCGACAUCCGUGUUUCUAUCGAGUUCCUCCGCAGGAGUUACACCGGAGAAACACCGUCACCGACACCACACAGACCAAAGUCCUCAACACCGUCAUCAGUGUCAAGAGAACAACACCAGCUUUGUGUUAUGAGCCUGACUUCAUAUGGAAGGACACCAAAAUCACAGCGCUGGAGAGGAAUAUCCGAGACCUGGAGGACGAGAUCCAGACCAUGAAGAGCAAUGGCCUGAUGCAGACAGACGGCCGUGGAGAAGAGUUCAGGCAGAUGGAGGUCUACAAGAACCACUCCAAGUUCAUGAAGAACAAGAUUGAUCUGCUGAAACAGGAAGUGGUCAAGAAAGAGUCUGAGCUGAUGACGCUGCAAACCAAGCUGGACACGCUGACCAAUCAGAACUCAGACAGCAAAAAGCACAUCGAGGUGCUGAAGGAGUCGCUGACGGCCAAAGAGCACAGAAGCUGCAUCCUUCAGACCGAGGUGGAGGCUCUGCGUCUGCGUGUGGAGGAGCGAGAGUCUUUCCUCAACAAGAAGAACAAGCAGAUCCAGGAUCUGAUCGAGGAGAAGGCCACGCUGAGCAGCGAGAUCUGCGACCUGAAGGACAUGCUGGAUGUCAAAGAGAAGAAGAUCAGCAUUCUGCAGAAGAAGCUGGAGAAUCUUGCGCAGCAACUGAAGGAGCGGGACACACAGCUGGUCAGUCUGGAGCUCAGAGUGUCGUCUCUGCAGGCUGACUCCAGUAACACAGACUCAGCUCUGAUCACACUGGAGGAGGCUCUAUCUCAGAAGAUUGAAGAGGCAGAGAUGCAGAAGAAUGAGAAUAAUGAGCUGAAAAGUAAGCUGGCCUCUCUGCAGGAGCGUCUCUCAGAAAAGCAGGCGUGUGAAUCUGAUCGUGUGUCCGGCUGGAGUCCGGAUCUCUCUGAGCGUCUGCAGAUUCUCCAGACAGAAGCAUCUGGUCGUCAGGAGGAGCUGCAGAAAUCCCACAGCGAGCUGCAGAGAGUGACGGAUCUGCUGCGGGACCUGCAGUCUGAGCGCCUGCAGCAGGACAACAGGAUCAUCCAGAUGGAGAGACAACUGAAGGAGCAGAACCAGAAGCAGUCUGUGAGUCCAGGCCAAGCAGGAGACACCAGCCCUAACACUCAGAGACAGGCGAGGCCAUCAGUUCUCAGCGUUCUGCAUUUAUGUAACACGUCUGUAGUGUUUAAGGACCAAAGUAUGGUUCACACUGAGCAGUUUUCCCCCAGGAGAGCAGACUCUUUAUUGUGA